AUGUCCUGCCCAGACUGCUUCAGUGGACACCUUCGGGAAGGGACACCUCAAGGGAAAAUACUUGAGGUCCACGGGUUACCGACAUACGUCGCAGCACCUACGGAUCCUACACCUAGGGCCUACAUUGUUAUCGCUCCGGAUGUCUUUGGUUGGACGACGAACCACACACGGUUGAAUGCGGAUCAAUAUGCGCGUCGUACAGGGUGUCAAGUCUACGUGCCAAACUUCAUGACCGGUGAUGGAGCUCCUCAGUGGAUUGCCCCAGUCAUGGCUUCUCUUCUGGAUGAGAAGGGUUUCGCCGCUUGGUUACGGAAACCGUGGCAGUGCGUCCAAUGCGCCUACGCAUUGAUCCCGAACCACCUUAAGAAUUCGCCCCCCAAGUGUUUAAUCACCAUGAAGAGAUGGCUAAACGACUUCCGAUGUAACGAGGCAAAAGAUAUGAAAGUAGGCUUCAUAGGCUUCUGCUGGGGUGGAUACGCAGCAACAAAACUCGCCCAUGGCGACACUGCAGAUAACGGAAAGACACUUAUCGAUGCAGCCUUCACAGCUCAUCCGAGUGCGCUCGAAAUUCCGCCCGACAUGGAAAGGAUCAAGCUCCCGUAUAGUGUUUCAGUUGGCGAUGUCGACUUUGCCCUUCCCAAGCAAGAGGUGGACAAGAUGAUUGCGGCUUUAGAUGAUCUGAAAGAUGUUCCUACUGAAGUGGUGGUUAUUCCUGAUGCGAAACAUGGCUUCGCUGUCCGGUUUGAUCCGCUAGAACAUAGCGGGUGA